AUGGGAAAACGCAAUCUCGCAGCUUCUGUUCGCAGGUACGUGACGACCGGGCUCUCCCGCGUAACUAAGGGGAUAGCAGGUGCUUUCCGCAGUAAUGAGGGGCUCCAGAACCCGACAGAUUCGAUAAGUCAAGCUGCCGACUCCGGGAUUUCAGUUCAUUAUCCGAUUUCUCCGAUUGAAGCUCUUCCAGUUACCAAGGUUCCUGCAUUAGACACUGUUGAUCAAUAUGCUAUUGACAAAGAAAUUGAGGAUCCCAUUCACAGAAGCCCUCUCGUUAAGGUCAACUAUAGAUCCGACGUGCGGGGUGUGAUAGACAGCCUGAUCAAAGGCUACGCACGUUUUAUUUCCUCUUUCACUGGCCUUGAAAACGUCGCCUUUGUGACAACUCGCCACUCUCCUUUCGUGACUGAAUCCCAAGAAUCGCGCUCGGUUAUCUGUGCCUCAGUAAUUUUGUCGACGGAUGUUCAGGAGUCGAGUAGCUCAGGCGACUGCGUGCUCUACGAGGCUGAUGAAAAAUCCUAUAAUAAGGAUGAAAUACAGUUCUAUGCGGAGCUGGGGUUCAAAGUUAAUCCUGAAAAUAAAUGUCACGAAAUUCCACACAGCGCUGAAGGAAAGGCAUUUACAUUGUUUGUUGAGCCUGAUAAGGGCGAGAAAGCCCUUCAAGUCAGCUUCACAUACCCAAGGAGUCGUAUUCCAGAGCCUGCGGUGAGCCAACUAUUGAAGACAAUUGCUUUUAUCUUAACCGAAUCUUCUCCUGUUCUUUCCUUGUCGAUGCCCCAGCCUGAGCCAUCCGUGCUUAACUUCCCACCUCUUAUGAUACCCCCUUCCCGCGAUGCUAUUCAGCAUGGUGACAAUGCAGGGCGUGUUUCAAACCCACACCUUUUGCAUGCUGCUUUUGAGGGCUGGGCCCGCAAAAAGCCGCAUGCGAUAGCGCUUGAUUUUGUACAUUCUUUGUCAUCAAAAACAACCCCCGCAGAACACAGCACCCUGACCUAUGCGGCCCUUAAUGCGGCAGCUUCAAAUCUGGCCGAAUACCUGAAGUCUUUUCUGUCCACUCGCGGUCUUCCAAAUGAAUAUGGACGUGUGAUUCCAGUUCACAUGCCAACAUCACCUGAGCUUUACAUUUCCUAUAUUGGAAUUCUAAAGGCCGGCCACGCAUUUUGCCCUAUACCUCAAGAUGCCCCUCCCAAAAGAGUACAAGAAAUUGUACAGGCCAUCGGUUCUCCCAUUAUACUCGGGAACAAACCGAGGUCAUUGUCUGAAUUACGAAGUACAGACGGUACAGAAUGUGAACCAACAAACCCUACGUGGGUUAACGUCGCCGAAGUUUCCAGGUGGAGGGAAUUACAGAGCGACAACUCGCUUCUUGUCCCGGGCCCAGAAACUUAUUCAAGUUUGAUCAAUAUCAAAGAAAAUCAAACGUCCUAUCUUAUCUUCACAAGCGGUUCCACUGGACAGCCCAAGGGCGUUCAAGUCAGCCAUUUAGCAGCUACAUGCUCCAUAGAGUCCCAUGCUACAGCGAUUCCUCUUCCAGGAAAAUCCGUGGGUGACUUCCGCUGGUUUCAGUUUGCUUCCCCAUCCUUUGACCCGUCUAUUAUGGAAAUAUUUGUUUCACUUGGUACUGGUGCUACGCUUUGUUCUGCAGACAGAAGUCUCACCCUCUCCAACCCCGAGGAAACCAUUAAUGAGGCAAGAGCCACCAUAAUGAUGGCCACUCCUAGUCUGGCGUCAUUGCUUCGACCAACUCGUUUAAAGACUCUUGAAUAUCUCUGGUCAAUGGGAGAAAAGCUUAAUAGAACUGUCAUAGAGAAAUUUUCAGGUGGCGUUGAUUCAUCUCCAAGGAUGUUAGUGAAUGCAUAUGGUCCAACAGAGGGAGCUAUUAAUUGCACAUUUGUUGCCCCGUUUGAACGGCACACCCGCGGGUCAAUUAUCGGGAAACCCCUUCCAACAUGUGCAAUGUUCGUUAUAUAUCCCAAUAACCCUACACCACAAGCAGUCCCGGCAGGUCUCGUGGGUGAGCUAGCAAUAGGCGGCCCUCAGAUUAGCAAAGGCUAUCUUAAUCUCCCUAAAGAAACUGCAAAAGCCUUUGUCCACAGCGACGAAUUCGGAUACCUUUACCGCACUGGUGACAAGGCACGCAUUGUCUGGGAUGAAACUGGCUCUCAGGUAAUUGAAUAUCUGGGCCGUAUUUCUACGGACCAAGUCAAGGUAAAUGGCCGCCGCGUUGAGCUAGGUGAAAUUGAAUCUGUCCUUGCGACUGUGCCGGGCAUCGCAGAAGUUGCGGUUGUUGUAUUGAACAAAGAUGCCGAGCCGGUAGGACCUGAACAAAUAAUUGCAUGUCUGGUAGCGAAUAAUACUCCAAGCGAGAUGGAGAAACAGCGGGUAGUGGAGCAGGCCCAAGAGGCAGCGAGAGAAUACCUCGUCCCCUCUAUGUACCCAUCCUCGUUUAAAAUUUUCCAAUCACUUCCCAAGUCCAGUUCCGGAAAACUGGACCGUCGGGCUAUAUUAUACAUGUUACGCGAAGAAGAAACGGGUGGCACAGAGAUUUCCCCCGUUGAAAAUGAACACACAUCGGCCAAAACAGACGAAUGGCAGAGCGCGCCUGAUGACAACACACAAUCUUUACAGCAGCUUGUGAUUAGGCUUGUCGCAGAAAUAACAGACGAGAGCGCCUUUUCUAUCGAACCUGGAACAGAUCUAUACUCAAUGGGCCUGGACAGUCUUAGAGCAAUGCAGUUUCUACAAAGACUACGCGACUAUUCUGUUGAUGGCCUGUCCGUGAGCGACGUACUACAAUCUCAAAACUGCCGAGGUUUGGUUUCCCUCAUACAGGACCACCAGAAAAGCCAAGAUGGCAAGUUAUCUGAGCUUCAGCACGGCGAAAUCUUGAUGAAAGAUCUAGAAUCCACUCUUCAAUCGUUCAAGGAUAAGAAUCACAUAAAGUGUGCAGAGAAGCUCGGCGUGCCCGCUGAUACUCUUCUAGAAGUGCUUCCCACUACUGCAACGCAAUCUGGCAUGCUGACGAGCAUUCUGCGUAGCUGGGCCGAUAGCUCCUAUGUAACGCCUACUUACAUUUAUCAUUCUGUGCUUCCUCUGGGGCCACAGGUCAACCUGGAGGAUAUCAAGAAAGCUUGGUCAACGGUUAUUGCAAAAUAUGAUUCCUUCCGAACAGUAUUUUGCUUGAUUGACGAAGAAAUGGCUCCGUUUGCCCAGUGUAUUCUUACUCCCGAAAGCGUUUCUGACGUGGUUUGGCAUACAUAUACUAUUCCUGAUGACGGCACUUCAGAGGAAGAUGCACUCAACGAAGUCCUUCGAAAUGCCGAAAAAUCGAUAUAUUUGGCUACCCCACCCUGGAAGAUUUCACUUAUCUCUUCAUCAAAGUGUUCGAGGCUAGUAUUGAGUAUGUUCCAUGGAAUCUUUGAUGGCGGCUCGUUGCAACUCUUGCUGGAGGACGUGUCUUUAGCCUAUCUUGGAAAAUCACUUUCGGAGCGCAUAUCCCUGGAUUACAUCGUCAAGCAUCACUUUCGAGCAGACAACUUCUCAACAUCUCGUUUCUGGAAUGACUAUCUGAAAGAUUACUCUCCUACCGUGUUCCCAUCCCUUACCCCCAGUCGACUUCCAUCCACCAAGAGUACAGGAUGUGUGCAAACUACUUCCCGCAUCAGCCACCAGGAUUUAAAGCGGCUGUCCAAAAAUUUGGGAUCAACGUCACUGUCUGUCCUCCAAGCAGCGUGGGGAUCAAUUUUGUUAAAUUAUACAGGAACUCCCGAUCAGGAUGUAGUGAUGGGCAGUGUUGUGUCUGGAAGAUUGGACGGGGAUUCGGAAAAGUGCAUUGGCCCAACUUUCACCAUAACUCCAGUAAGAGUCUCGAUCACUCAGAUUAAAAAUGGUGAUACCGGUCCUGUCUCGAACAGGUCUGUUGCUCAUCACCUGGCAUCUUUCAAUGCAAAGGCUUUGAAACAUUUACAACCUCGUCUAGGAUCAGUGGUUGGCGGAGAUGGUCAACCCCCUUAUGAUACGGUUAUUGCAUAUCAGGACUUUGGCUGUGGGUCCAGUACAUCAGAGCUUUGGGGUUCAGUGUACAACCCGCCUAUGGCAAAUGACUUUGCAGUGAUGCUGGAGAUAUUCCCCGAACGAGACUCGUCUUUGACCUUCCGGGCUAGUUUUGAUCCUAGGUUGGAUUCGAAAUCCGCCGAAUUAAUGCUUGAACAGCUGGAUGACAUUGUUCGUUUUAUUCUUGAAAAGCCAAACGGGAACUUCGAAGAUGCAUCAUUUCAGACGAAAUCAAGGCUUAAGUCAAGUUUCAACCCAAAGCCUAGCGCUUGCCCGGAAGUUUUGAACGGGGCAUUGCUACAUAGUCGGUUUGAGGAGCACGCGAUGAACUUUCCGGAAGAUCUUGCAUUGAUAUUUAAGCAAGAUCUUGAUGACGACGCAAACCCGGGAAACGUGUCAUUAACAUAUGGAGAACUCAACUCUAUGGCGGAGAAUUUGGCAGGAUAUCUCCCCCAAGUUUGUGAGCACCUAGUAGAAGCAUCAGUCCCGAUCUGUAUCGAGAAAAGCCCCGCCCUUUACGUUGCCAUUCUUGGGAUCCUCAAAGCAGGAGGUGCUUGGUGUCCAAUCGACACACUUUCCCCACCACAGCGCCGUCAUGAUCUCAUUGCAAGAACCAGCUCUGGAGUGCUCCUGAUCUCAGAAAUGGAUGGUGUGCAACCUGAAGGGGCAGUUCCCUCUGGGGUUAAAGUGAUUGAUGUCAGCCAGUUCACCAGAAAAUCUUCCCUCAGCAUCAGCAGUAACGAGCCACUUCCGGUGCAACCAAAACCUACCCCAGAUAAUAUGGCAUAUCUGAUUUGGACAAGCGGUACAACAGGAGCUCCAAAGGGUGUACCAAUCACACAUGCUGCUGCUGUCUCCAGUAUGAAGUCGCUGCAAACUGAUAUUCCCUUGAACGCCGACGGUAGUCCUGUGCGUUGUUUACAGUUUUCACAACCUACGUUUGACGUGUCCAUCCAAGAUUUCUUCUAUACCUGGGGUGUAGGAGGUGUUUUGAUUUCUGCUACCCGGGAAAUAAUGCUUGAGUCCUUUCCGAAGCUGGCAAAUAGCACGAACGCGACCCAUGCCCAUCUUACCCCCGCAUUUGCCGCAGGCGUUCCUCGAAAAAGCUGCAAGACACUGAAAGUAAUUACCAUGAUUGGUGAAAAGCUGACCCAACCUGUGGCUGAUGAUUGGGGCACUGAUAUGAGAGCCUUCAACACCUACGGACCGGCAGAGGUAACGGUAGUGUCAACCAUACGGGAAUUUGGAAACGAGCAUAAAGCUAUCAAAAGCGCAAAUAUCGGCUGGCCGAUGGAAACCGUCUCUGUCUUCGUGAUGAAAAAUCAGCGGGUGGUAAUGAAAAAUGCCAUUGGCGAGUUAGCCUUAGGAGGGCCACAACUUUCACCUGGGUACUUGAAUCAAGAAAACGUCACGAAAGCAAAGUACGUCUGGAAUGAUGAAACUUCAGAAAGACUUUAUUUUACCGGGGAUUUAGUCAGAAUGCUUUCUGAUGGCUCCCUUGAGUAUAUGACCCGUGUCGAUGAUUUGGUCAAAAUCGGUGGCAUUCGGAUUGAGCUCAGUGAGAUAAGUUUCGCUCUCCGUGGGUGCCACCCUCUGAUUGAGAAUAUUGAAACCAUGGUACUCAGUCGCCCUGAUCGACCUACUCAGGUUGUCGUCGCUUUCCUUUGCGCUCCAAAAGCUGCAGGUAUCGGACAUGGCGGGCCACUAUUACUGUUUCAAAGCCCUGCACUUGACAUUGCACGCGCUGCUAGUAAUCAAGCACGCAAUGUAUUGCCCGAACAUAUGAUGCCCUCUAUAUAUUUGGUACUCAGAUCUAUCCCCAAAACACCUUCAGCGAAGGUUGAUCGCCGAGCACUUCAGGCCGCAUAUGCAUCCGUGGAUCUCGAUACUUGGGAAGGCGAGUUGAACCCAGAAGAUGCCAGUGACGACCUUGAAGGAGAUCUGGACGGUUCCAUAGCCACACAGAUUAUCGGAAUUGUUGCUGCACUAGUUAACAUUGAGCCUUCAAUUAUUACAAAGCCCAACAGGCUCAGAAGUCUUGGUGUGGAUUCUAUUCGCGCAACCCGUCUCGCCUUCAGGCUCAAAGAAGCUGGCCAUUCUCUCUCCGUUAUGGAAGUCUUAAGCUGCGUCACCGUCCAGGAUCUCAUCAAACUAGCCGCAUCUCGGAAUGGAGCUGAUAUGACAGUUUCCGGUGCCUUCGACAUAGAUGCCUUCAAUGAGGAUUGGCAUGAUGCUGUAGCAAGCAAGAUAUCGGAUGAGUUCACAACAGUCCGCACAACAGCUAUUCAAGAGAGCUUAUUGACCGAGACAAUGGGGAAAUACAAUAUGUACUGGAGCAAUCACUUUUUUUCACUCGACCAUUCUGUGGAUAUCGCCCGGUUGAGGCAGGCUUGGUUUGCGGUCUGCCAGAAAACCGAGGCAUUAAGAACUGGUUUUAUCCCAGUUGCAGAAACUCGCAAUAUAAAGCCCAAUGAUAUCCUCAACUUUUCUAUUCUACAACUUAUAUACAAGCUCCCAGCUUUGGAUUGGGAAUAUUACAAGUGUUCCGAGGAAGAUUGGACCGAACUGCUCGACAACCGAAUUGAGGACAUCAUGACUAGACAUCAAAAAAACUACUUCCGACAUCCUCCAUGGGCGGUCACUAUAUUUAACAAAGGGCCUGAACGCAUUAUGGUCUUUACUGUCCAUCAUUCUGUCCACGAUGAGCCUUCUCUUCAAUUUAUCAUCGAUGAUGUGCGAUCCGCCUAUACAUACAAGCCGCCUUUGAGAAGCCAACUUAGUGACGGACUUUCGGUCAUCCUCGCGAACGAGAAAAAAUAUGAGGAAACACUCAAAUUCUGGGUGUCAGAGCUGGAGAGUUUCACUGAGCUCGAUGUUCCAGUGUGGCCGGACCUCACCGGAAAACGAGUAUCCCCAGGUGUAACUCCCGAGUACCAGCUGAUAUUUGAGGAGAUCCCAUUAACAGAGUCAGUUACUAAACUUCAGUCUGUUGCGGCAAGCUUGGGGCUGCAGUCUAUUGCUUCUAUUAUUCGAGUUGCGUGGGCAUAUGUGUCACUCAGCUACCUUGGUCUACCGGCAACAGUAUUCGCUGAAACCCUAUCAGACCGAGUUUUAGAUUUAAAUCUUGAGAGCAGUAUUGGCCCUUUUAUAUCUGUUGUUCCUAUUCCAUUCAAUCCAAAGGGGACUACGCGUGAAGUAUUAUUGGAACAGCAGAGGCUUUCCGUUGAAUCUUGGAAACAUCGCCACAUCCACGCUCGAGAUAUCCGGAAGACACUCAAGCGACCUAGGGGAGAGCCCUUGUAUCCCGCCGUAUUUAACUUUCAUGCACCUGAUGAAUCCCCUGACAUCAACUCUCUGCCAAAUCUUUGGCGGGGGCUGGAGGAUGAAAUCGGUUUACACGUCGAGCACCCGAUGGCGAUGAAUAUUUUCCAACGCUUGGACGGCAGUCUAAUCCUGGAGGCAUCCUCAGAUAGUCGAUCGAUGAGUCGAGAUCAUUUACGUCUAUUCGUCCGUCAGGUUGAUGGUCUCAUCUCCUCGAUUUUAGCGUUCCCAGAUGAACCAUUAUCCUCCCUAGUCAAUCGCUUACCUCCCGACUUGCGUUCCAUAUCAACUCAACUGGCAAGUGAAGAGGUCGCGAAAUCAAUUCAUAACGCUCCAACACACUGGUUAGAACAGUACUCUCAGACCCAUCCUGAAUGGACUGCUUUGGAAGUCGCCAGCAGCAUUACGGCAGAUGGAGUUGAGCGAGAGACAAUGAGCUACAGGGUGCUAAAUGCAGAGGCAAACCGCGUGGCUGCAUUUCUAUCAUCGUUUGGUCAUAAGAAUAGAGUAGUCGCCGUCUGUUCUGGCCGAACAAUAGCAUCCUAUCCAAUCAUCAUAGGCAUCUUCAAGUCUGGGAAUACAUACCUUCCUAUAGAUGAGAGUCUGCCAGCUGAUCGAAUAGCAUUUUUGGUCCAAGACGCAGAUUGUCCGAUUGUAUUCACCGAGUCUCGUCUUAUCUCAUCAUUUUCUGGAGCUCCAAAAAGCUGCCGAGUGGAAUGUCUUGACGACCCUGAACUCCAAAAGGCUAUCGGCACGAUGUCUCCAGAAAAUAAAGACUAUCAGUGCCAUGCGGACGACAGCGCAUAUCUGCUUUUUACAUCUGGUUCCACAGGAAAGCCAAAGGGUGUCAUGGUGACCCGAGGAAAUCUUUCGUCUUUCAUCGAGUCUUUCUCUGAAUUCACAUGUCGCGUAGCUCCUAUCACUUUGAAAUUAGGCGGGACGGGAAGAUAUCUUGCUCAAGCCAACAGAGCCUUUGAUCCCCACCUCCUAGAGAUGUUCUUCCCCUGGCGCCACGGGAUGGCUACCGUGACAGCUCCUAGACCAAUGAUAUUGGAUGACCUUGGGUUGACUUUGUCAAAAUGGGACAUAACUCACGCAAGCUUUGUGCCUUCGCUCGUGGAUCAAUCCAAUAUCACGCCGGAGCAAUGUCCCAUGCUGAGAUUCAUGACUGUUGGUGGUGAGAAAAUCUCGCAGAAGGUUUUAGAUACAUGGGCUUCUACUCCGGAUGUCACAAUUGUGAACGCUUACGGUCCAACUGAGGUCACAAUCGGCUGUACAUUCGCCCACGUGAAGGAACACACGAACCUGAGAAACAUAGGACCGCCCUUGACUGCGUGUGUUGGACAUGUCCUCACCCCUGGCACGAUGAAUUAUACACUUCGAGGCCAAACUGGAGAGUUAUGCUUUUCAGGUGACCUUGUUGCCAGGGGUUAUCUCAAUCGACCAGAUGCAACUGGCUUUAUAACAGGGCCUGAUGGGGAAAAGAUGUACCGUACUGGCGACGUAGGACGCUUGAUGGCGGAUGGCUCCGUAGAAUAUCUAGGACGUGGCGACGAUCAAACCAAGAUUCGCGGCCAAAGACUAGAGUUGGGAGAGGUUUCCGAGGUGCUUCGUUCGUCCUCACCAGUGGCAAUCGACGUUGUUACAACAGUUGCCAAGCAUCCUGGUCUUGCAAAGGUCCAACUUAUUUCGUUCGUGACUCGAUCUGUUUCCCGGCAACAUCAGAGGAAAGACAUUAAUGUGGCUUUCUUGCGGUCUGAUUUUACAACCUUGGGUCGAGAGCUUCAAGAUAUAUGUCGGAAAAAAUUGCCUGCGUACAUGGUUCCCGAGCUUAUCCUGCCUAUUACGCAUAUCCCUAUAGCGCCAAUGUCAGGGAAAGCGAACAUGAAGGAAUUGCAGGCACUUUUUGUCGAGCUUCCGCUUCAAACUGUGCUCCAGGGGAAUAUUGCAACGAAUCUAUACGGCGAGCCGCAAACAAGACCUCUCAACACCGAGGAGCAAGCAGUGGCCAAUGAGGUUUGCAAUGUCAUUCCAGCAGAUAGUAGCAACUUCGGACCCAUGACAAACAUUUUCGAAAUUGGGCUGGAUAGUCUAAGUGCCAUCGGGCUUUCCAUACGGCUCAGAAACCUUGGUUAUGCAGCCACUGUUGCUCUCGUCAUGAGCAAUCCAAUCAUUGAGCAGCUUGCUCGCUUGCCUAGAUCUUCCUCUUCACCAAGUACAAAUUCCGGGCUGUCGAACCUACACCAAAAGAUGAAAGACUUGGAAUCCCAAUAUCACGAGCUUUCUUCUCCAGGACUUGAGGUUUCUCAAGUUUCAUCGGUUCGGCCUUGUCUCCCGCUACAGGAAGGUUUGGUAGCUCGAUCAAUGAAUAGCGAAAACGAUCAACUAUACGUCAACCACGUCACUCUUAAACUCGAUAGCAAUGUUAACGCAGAGAGACUCAAAUCAGCAAUACAAAGAGUUACCAACGAUAACGAAAUCAUGAGGACUCUUUUUGUUUCUCUAGAUCGGGAGUUGGCACAAGUUGUCUUCUCAGAAACUUCUUAUAACAUGCAGUGGACUGAAUCAGAGUAUAGUGAUCUAGAAGAAGCGAUCCAACAACAAAAGUCCAAGGAGGUCCAAAUUUCCCAGGAAAUCAUCUCUAAUAUUUCAAAGUUGCCUCCAGUGCAAUUCCAUCUGGGGAAGUGUUCCACGAAUAAACAACCCCUCGCUCUAUUCAUCGCUAUUCACCAUGCCUUAUAUGACGGAGAGUCAUUCUCAAUGAUGUUAGAGGACGUUGCUACAUGUUAUGAAGGAAAGCAGGCUCCUCAACGCGGCUCCCCGUUUACCUUCUUAGAACAUGUUUAUCCCCAAAACGCAGAAAAGGCAAAAGAUUAUUGGAUACAAUCCAUGUCUGGAUGCCAUCCUACGAUUUUCCGAUCGAGUGCAGAUAAAAUGGAGCGACCCAUGUCCGUGCAUCGGAAGCUCAACCACAGUCUCACUGAAUUAGAGCGCCGCUCAGGAAAUCUCCAGACAACAGCUCCAGUCAUGGUACAAGCUAUAUAUGCGCUUUUGUUAGCAGACUUUGUUGGCGCAUCAGAUGUCACAUAUGGCAUCAUCCUUUCUGGAAGAACUGUCUCCGUUCCUGGUGCAGAAUCAGUGAUUCUCCCAUGUAUCACAACCAUUCCGGGCCGUCUUAAUACCAGAUACUUGAGUACCCUCACCGAGGUGGUGGAGGCUGUCCAGAAAUCGAAUGUGAGAUCUCUUGACUAUCAACACACUUCAUUAAGAAAAAUUCAACGUUGGCUACAGUCUGAGACGCCUCUGUUUGAUUGUCUCUUCUCUUACAUCAGAUCUACCACUCCAUCGAAACAUAAUCUCUGGACAGAGGUAGAUAGUUAUAUGCCUUCUGAGUAUCCUCUGGCUCUCGAAGUGCACGCUGAUAACUAUACAAAUGAAGUCCAUCUCAACUGCAUUUUCUCGUCCGCUUUUGGGUCUUUUAGCACCGGGGAGGAAUUCCUCGAGAAGCUGGACACUGUUCUAUCGAGUGUCAUGUCUGGUGAGGUUCUUUCACUGGAGGAUUUCAACCUUCCUCUUGAGGAAGGCCUGAGCCUGCGAACCCUCCCUACAAAGUGGGAUAGCUCUUCAUGGUCAGCAACGGAAACAAGGAUCCGGGAACUUCUCGCAACCUUCUGUGCUGUAGACUUGAGUACCAUAUCAAAGGGGUCUUCUUUCUUCAGUCUAGGUGUUGACUCGGUGACGGCAAUCCAAUUCGCACAUAAAUUACGGCAAAUGGGAUUUAAGGUGUCGUCUUCUGAUGUGAUGCGAUAUUCGUGCAUAGGUGCACUGGCUAAACAUAUCGACGAAAUAUUCUCCAGCACCAAGUCUGAUGCAGUGAAAGAGAACGGGAAGCACAGUGUUUCAGUCGACAAAUACGAUAUUCGACUUCUCAGUAAAGAGGAUUCUAUAUCGUCUAUCUUCGAGUGUACUCCCUUGCAGUCUGGUAUGAUUACGCAAACUAUAGGCUCCUACGGGAAGGUUUAUGUCUACCCUCAUCCUAUUCGAUUGAGCGACAGCGUGGACAUUCACCGUCUCAAAUUGGCCCUCCACAAAGUCUUUAAGCUGAACGAUAUCUUACGAACUUCUUUCCACAUCACUGGAGAUCUGGGGGCUCCUUGGAUUGGCGCUGUACAUACAGAUCCUCCCUUUCAAUGGAGAGACGUAACUUUGGCUGAUGGAGCCCAUAUUUUAUCUGAGGCUAUAGGGCUCUUCUCUUUCAAUGAGGAAGCUUGCUUCCAAUUCCCUCCUAUUCACCCUGUCCUAGUCAAUCAACCAGAGGGCAAGACUCUCGUUAUUGUCAUGCACCACGCUCUCUAUGACGGUGCUUCCUUGCCGUUCAUCUUCGAGGACCUAGCUAUGAUUUAUACCGGUCAGCCACCACUAAAGAGACCACAAUUCUCACAUAUGGUCGAACACGUCCUCGACGGACAGGAAAAGUCAUCUGAGUUCUGGGUAAACAAGCUUAGGGGAUAUCAAGCUGCAGAAAUCCCUGCACUUCAUACAUCCGAAUCACCACACAGCGUGUUUACCUCAGAGUACCGAAUUGAUCUUGAACUGGCUAGAAUCCUUGCCUCAUGCCGAGAAAUGGAGGUUACAGUUCAGAGUGUAGCACUUCUAGCUUACGCCAAAGUUUACGCCUGUUUAAUUGGUUCACGCGAUAUUGUCUUCGGUCAGGUUAUUGCAGGGCGUUCUCUGCCCAUACCUGAUGCUGACCGUACCCUUGGGCCGUUAUUUAACACCGUCGCUCAAAGAGUUACAUUGAAUCCCAAAUUCCUAAGCAACAAAGCUUUAGCACAGCGACUCCAGCAACAAACUUCUGACGCCCAAAUUCACCAACAUGCACCUCUAAGGACUAUUCAGAACUCCCUACGCCAGGCUGGUAAAUUAGAUUCUACACGGUUGCUGGAUUCUCUUUUCGUAUUCCAGAAGAGCGCGGCCUUUACUGACACUAUUUUGGAGAAACAAGAUAUCUGGGUUCCAUAUGAAACUGAGAACUACACAGCGGAUGCUGAGUACAAGCUCAAUGUGGAAAUUGACCAUGCGCAUGAUGGAAUUGUUAUCAGAGCGACUUGCAAUAGCAAUUACAUAUCGCAGCAGAUGCUGGACAAACUUUUGCACGAUCUCAACGUUACCUUCUGUGAUAUCAUCGAGCAUCCAACGAGGUGUUCCACAGCUUUGCCAGAGGGGCUAGGAGAGCUACCAUUCAAGCGACGCACGGAAGAAAACAGCCUAGAACCUGAUUCUAGUGAGCCUGAGACCCCUGCACAUGAAGCCGUCAUUCGAUCGGUGCUUUCAGGGGUUACAGGUAUUCCUUUAGAGAGCAUCAAACCGACUACAAGCAUUUUCAAUAUUGGUCUUGAUUCACUAUCGGCAAUACGGAUUGCCUCAGUCUGCCGAACCAAAGGACUGAAGACGAGUGUGGGCGAUAUUCUCCAAGGUAUUACUCUACGUGGCAUUAGUAAACGUGUCCAGCCCAUCGCCAGCCAACGAACACCGGCUGAAGGCUCACUCAUCAACAAUUACAAUCUGGUGGAAAGUAAAGUACUCCAGGGGCUCCAACUCAAGAAGGACUCCAUUGAAACGAUUUUGCCCUGUCUCCCGGGCCAAUUCUAUCAUCUUGUCAGUUGGUUGAAAUCUGGGCGGAAACUUUACGAGCCACCAUGGGUAUUCUUCAGCCCUGAACGUAUUGAUAGUGAGAAGAUCCAAAAAGCAUGGAUUGAAAUCUGCCGGAGACACCCGCUGCUACGUACCUGUUUUGUGGCUACUUCGCAUUCAGAAGCUGUGCAGGUUGUAUUAAAAGAUCUCGUGGUUGACUCAGAUACAUUUAAAACUAUCGAGUCUUCCAAAUUGAUCGGGGAAGUUGCGAAGGAGCAAGCUCGAGAGGAAGCAUUGCGUCCCUCUUCACUGUUUACUCCACCCGUUCGUCUUCGACUUCUCAAGGCUGCUGAUAGUGAUGGCAUUAUUCUAUUCCUCAACCACGCCCUGUACGAUGCCUGGACAAUGCCUAUGUUCGUGUCCGAGCUAGGCAAACUUUACCGCAACCAGCCGUUGGACAGCAACCUUGACUUCCCUGCUUUCGUUAAUUUUUCACUACUCACUCUUCGGGAGCUUAAUGAAAAGGCAUAUUGGACAUCUGCACUGAGGAAUGUGGAACCCACCUUCAUCAAAUCCACUACACAGCCGACAGAGCCAGUCCCCGAUCAACUAUUCGUGGGUGUGUGGGAAAAGGUCAAAAACCUUGCUCAGCUAGAGACAGAAUGCCGCUCAGCUGGUUUGAGCCUCCAAACCGUUGUUCUUCUCGCCGUGGGCCGCUGCAUCGCACAGUCUACGGGGGUCAAAAGCCCAGUAAUGGGGUUAUAUCAAACCGGAAGAUCUGCCUCGUUUAACAACAUCGAAAAACUCUCUGGACCUUGUCUGAACGUGAACCCAUUCGUGGUCCCAAAUGCCACGCAGGACAGCCACCUCCUAGAACAAGCCCGAGCAAUCCAGUCUUCCCUUGCGGAACGAGUUUCCUACGAACAAAGCUCUCUACGUGACGUCCUUCACUGGGUAAACACCCAAACGCCUGGGGCUCCAUUAUUCAACACAUGGGUCAAUCUGCUCUGGAUGCAAAACUCCAUCCCAUCCACCAAGGACGUCACUCCAAAGUCAGAGUUGGAUGGCGACGAGGACGGGCUGUUCUUGCCUUUGCGCAUCGGCGUCCCAACGGAUUUUAUCCCCACCGAGCCUCUACCUGAUUCACCACCCACCUCCGUGAGCGCCCUAGACGCUUCUUUCCUAUCGGAUCAGAAUGUCUUCAUUGACAUUGGACCUGAUCCUAAAACCAAUACGAUUGGUUUCGGUGUUCGCGCAGAGGGCGGGAUCCUCACAGAGGAAGAAGUGAAGCAACUCGUGACUGAUAUUGGGCGGGCGAUUGAAGAAAUCGUCCGUUCGCUAUAA